AGCUCCAGCGGCAGGGAAACACACCCGUCAGCAGCGCGCACUGGAGACAAAAAAGCGCAUCACGGACAAAGGGAAUAUGGGUGCGCUGGAGAGGAUUCGCCUCAGCCGGGUAACACAAUGGAUGAGCCGCUUCUGUUUCGUUUACCGGGAGACCAAUUAGCCCACCUUAAUGAGGUGCUGGGAUGCAAGAUACUGCAAGCUAAAAAGGCGGAAGGCUGCGUUUAAUCCGUCUGCGGAUCCUAUGAGCUUGCGAUGGCUGUGGCGGGGAUAUGCAACUGGAUAGGAAAUAAUGUGCCUUUUUAUUUUGUGAUAUUUUCCUUAUUUUGUGGCCUUUCGUUUGGACAGUUGCGAUAUUCUAUUCCAGAAGAACUCGAAAAUGGGGCACUGGUCGGUGAUCUGGCGCAUGACUUGGGGCUGGAUAUUCGAAAGCUCUCCACCCGAAAAAUCAAGGUAACCUCCAACAGCGGUAAACGCUAUGUGAUUGUCAACCCCAAAAAUGGGAAAUUACUUGUCAAUGAGAGGAUCGACAGGGAGGCGAUGUGUGAUCUCUCCAGCACCUGCCUCAUUAAUCUGGAGGUGCUGAUCGAAAAUCCCACUGAAGUGCACCAUGUUGAGGUGGAGAUUGUGGAUGUCAAUGACAAUGCGCCGCAGUUCCCCAGAGAUGAAUACCAACUGGAAAUCAUAGAAUCUGCUUUACCAGGGUCUCGGUAUCCGAUUGAAAACGCUCAAGAUCCAGACAUUGGGUCCAAUUCAGUCCGCAUGUACCAGCUUAGCACAAACGACCAUUUCGCGCUGGUGUCUAAUAAACCCUCCCUAAAUACAAAGCACAUUGAGCUUGUACUCAAAAAGCCCCUUGAUCGUGAACAGACGCCUUACCAUCAAUUAAUUCUAAGUGCUGUGGAUGGUGGAUCGCCAGAGAAAACAGGAACGGCCAGAAUUAAUAUUCGGGUCCUGGACUCAAAUGACAACGUUCCCUUGUUUGACAGCUCAGUGUACAAGGUGAAACUGCUGGAGAACUCGCCCGAAAACACCCUGGUGAUAAAACUGAAUGCCACUGACCUGGAUGAGGGCACAAAUGGGGAGGUUUACUACUCUUUCAGCAGCUACACUCCAGAGCGAGUGAGGCAGAUGUUCAGCAUGGACACAAACACAGGUGAAAUCAGAGUAAAGAGCAAUGUUGACUAUGAAGAGACCAACUCUUAUGAAAUGUACAUCCAGGCCAUGGACAAGGGCCCCGGGGCCGUGGCAGCACACUGCAAGGUAGUGGUGGAUGUGGUGGAUGUAAAUGACAACGUCCCCCAGAUAGUGCUGUCGUCUCUGUCGAGCCCUGUGCGGGAGGACGCCCGUGCAGACACAGUUGUGGCCCUCAUUAGCGUUACUGAUCGGGACUCCGGCGCGAACAAGCAGGUGAGCUUGGAGAUCCCAGCAGGCCUUCCAUUCAAGAUCAAGUCAUUCAGAAACUACUACACUCUAGUUACCUCAGCCUUCCUGGACCGUGAGACCACUGAUGCCUACAAUGUCACUCUGAGUGCCACAGAUGGAGGAAACCCUCCUCUCUCUUCCCAGAAGACCAUACAGGUGGACGUGGCUGAUGUUAAUGACAACCCACCACGAUUUGAACAGACUUCCUAUACAGUCUACGUGACUGAAAACAACGCCCCGGGGGCCUCUUUGUGUACUGUUAAGGCUCAGGAUGCAGACAUCAAAGAGAAUGCGCGCAUCACCUACACAGUGCUCAAUGACAACAACCAUGGCAUUCCUGUCACCUCGUAUGUGUCGGUGAAGGCCGAUACAGGGGAGGCGUAUGCCCUGCGAGCCUUCGACUAUGAGUCACUCAGAGAGUUUCACUUCCAGGUCAAAGCCCAAGAUGGGGGCAUUCCUCCGCUCAGCCGCGUCGCCACCGUCUACAUUUACAUAAUGGAUCAGAAUGACCAUGCUCCACUGAUAGUCAACCCUCCUGGCAAUGGCACGCGUUCCUUGGAGACGGUACAGAAGAACGCCGACCCGGGUUCCUUGGUGACCAAAGUGGUGGCAUAUGAUGCAGACGCUGGUCCAAAUGCCUGGCUGGUUUAUGUGCUGGAGACGGCCACCGACCUGGACCUGUUCAAAGUGCACGAGCACACGGGAGAGAUCAGGACCACUCGGAGGAUCCUGGAGGACAACUCCACAUCCUUUGCUCUGACUGUUCUUGUGAAGGACCAUGGCCAACCCGCUCUCUCCUCCACUGCCACCAUCAAUGUGGCUGUCAUGGAAGUGCCACCUAAAGUGGUCCUCGAUCCCAAGAGGAUCAUCCGACCUCACAGCACUCUGCUUUUCUCCAACGUGACACUCUAUCUGAUCGUAGCUUUGAGCGCCACGACCUUCGUGUUCCUGGUCACCGUCGUGGUGCUGGCCAUCGUCCGUUGCCACGCCUACUGCACCCAGCCGGGGUCCUGCUCGCCUUGCUGUGGGUCACAGAAACCCCCUCCAGAUGGCGGAAGCAGCAGCGUGAGCGCCGGCGCGGCAGGUGCCGGAGCAGCUGGGGGGCAGCCUAAUAACAAUGUUGUGCUUCGGAGGGACCUUAAAGUGGAGCCUCACUACAUCGAAGUGCGUGGGAAUGGCUCCCUAACCAAGACUUACUGCUACAAGACCUGCCUGACAGCCACCUCUGGCAGUGACACUUUCAUGUUCUACAACACGGGACGGCCCAUCAGCGGCACCUGGGGCAGCGGUGCCGACCGCUUCUUCACCAGUGGGAGUGGAUUUGUACGAAGACUGAGUAUGCCUGAUGCUUCACUGCAAAUCUGCCCAGAGCCAAAAGCCCCAAAUGCUGACUGGCGAUAUUCUGCGUCUUUGAGGGCAGGGGUGCAGAGCUCCGUCCACAUGGAGGAGUCCUCGGUGAUGCAGGGAGCUCAGGGGAUGCUGGUCCAGAACUGGCCCACUGUGUCCAGCGCUGCAGACGGUGAGGGCGGCGGCGAGCUCUCCCCUCCAGUGGGCGCCGGAGUCAACAGCAACAGCUGGCACUUCAGAUACGGCGCCGGACAGAGCUACGGCCCCCCCCAGCCCCUGAAGCCCGGAGAGAUCCCCCCCGAAGCCUUCAUCAUCCCCGGAUCCCCGGCCAUCAUCUCCAUCCGCCACGACGCCGGCCCGGUGGACGACAAGGGCGACUUCAUCAGCUUCGGCAAGAAGGACGAGGCCAAGAAGAAGAAGAAGAAGAAGAAGGACAAGAAGGACAAGAAGGAUAAGGGAGGGAAGGAUGACGGGGGCGAUGAUUAGAGGAAGGAGGUUCGACUUGAAAGCAGAGCCACCAUCGUGCUACCAAUUUAAGAGCCAGAAAAAUAAGCCAAAUGCAUAUUGUAGAACCGAGGGAGCCUCCUUGCGCCAUAUUUGCAUAGACACUGUACAGUGGCCAAAUCCUCUCUAGAGCAGGCCUGGCUCCCCACAUUCACACCAUAUGAACUUGGUAAACAAAUGUUCUUUAGCUCAAGGCUGGACCAAAUUAAAACAACGUAAAGAGGAAUUCAUUGGCUUAGAUUAGCCUUUCUGUGAUUUUCUGCCCAACCCCCCCGAAACCUCCGUUUUUAUAUAAUGAAAACAAAAGCACCUGAAAAGGUGUACUAUUUGUAUCUGACCUUUGUCAGCUGAGGCUACCUGUGUUGACAUCUCUGGCCCCCUUUUUUGCUUCUUGGCAAGUUGGAAGCCAAAUGAAAGAUAAUGAAAAAAGAAAAAAAAAAAAAUGAAACAGAGGCUUUUGUCUUCAGUAUUUCCGAGGCCUUGUAGAAAUUCAGUAAUGUGGUCUUUUUUAUUAAAACAAGAAAACGACGAAAAAUCAACUUAUAGUAUGCGUACCAUAAAAAGAGAAGCACCUUUAGGAGAACGAGGUGGCUGAGAGAAACUGGACCACACUCUGAUCGAGAGCUCUGUUUCACUGUAACAUAGCACAUUACAGAGGCUGAGAACCUGGACUGGGUUGCACCAACUAUGCGCAAGUUUGUUCCCAGGUUAGUUUAUAAAGUAGUGGCUUCAUAACUGCUAGUUCAUUUGCAAUUAGCAAAGAAAGUAAAUGGGGAAGUUGGUGAGUUUGAAAGCUGUAUCUAUUCAUGAUGUUAAGAUUUUACUAAGAGUAGCCGAUCAGGAAAAAGCUAAAAUCUUGCUGAAGGGAUCUAUAAUGGAGUUGAUUGGCGUUUGAAUUGUAAUGUGAACAUAGACAAAGCUGGGUUUUUGCAUGUUUAAGUCCACUUCCUACAAAUCGGGUUGUUGAAAUCACUGCUCAUUUCUCCUUCUCAAACAAUUGGAUUUUUAUUGUUCCAGCUUGGCACAGUUGAGGCUAUUAGGAAACACCAACCUGAAGGCAGCAUCUGGCGUCUUUGCUGUUUCAGUCAUGUUCUCGUCACAUGGCAAACCAGCAACGGCUUUAUCGCAAUCACAUCGGCUCGAUCAAACAGCAGAUUAAGUACAACGUUCGUGCUCGUCUCAGCACAUUUUCGGAAACCAAAUUCUGCCCGAAGGAGAAAGUAAAACCCAUUGGGAAAAGCAAAAAAAAAAAAAAACAUCUGCAGUGUUAUAUAAAGUGUAGAAAAUGAAUUUAAACAUUCAAAAUCAUUGCUAUGAACCUUGAAGUUGCAAUGGCUUGGGAUUACUAAACUAAAAAUAUGCUGCGUGCAGUUAGAAAAAAAAAGUGAAAAAAAUCCUGCUUUACUGUUAGUGAGUGCAGUCGUGUGACUUUGUAUCAUUUGCACCUGCUUUAUUGCUUGCUUGAUUCUUUCAUUGUUAUUUAAGACUGCGUUGGAUCAGAUUUUUUGUGGUGGUACCGCUUGUAAUUUUAGUGAGGCGUGAAUUGGGAUUAGUGGCUACUCCGGACAUAACUAGGGAACCUAACGUGCAGCUGAUGCAACCGGCCCCUGACGUACGAGCAGAUACAUGCACCGUCUCUUCCUCUCUUACAACAUCCAGUACAUACGAAGACACCGAGUAAAUAUAUACAAAAAGACUCCACAUCACUGUCUGGAAACUCCAGCUCCAAAACUCAAGGCCAAGGCCGUCUUUCGGGAGUGUAUUAUAUGGCUGGGGACGCAGGAACGUUGCUUGUCGCUUCAUUUCUGUUCAAGCCCGAUCCCUCUACUUCUGUCUUUGAAUGUUAAGUAGUUGUUCUUCAAGCCCUGCACCACUGCCUCAACUGCUUCAGUGCUUGUAGGAUUUGCUUGCCCGCUGCCUGUUUCCUCCCUUUGCUCCCGUUUUCCCCUCAAAUCGACACGGUUGGACGACAUCUUUAAAGUCACGUACCUUCGAUGAACUGUGCAACACAGUCACGUUUGUGUAUUUUGCAUAUUUAUACACAGAGACAUGCACAUAUUCAGCACACACACACACACACACACACAACCGCACCCACAUAUAACACGUUCUGUUAGGUUCAUCUUCAGCUGAGCCAUACUGUCUCUUCUAAUUGCUCAUUGUUGACAGCUCCGACAUCCCCUGCAUGCAAUGCAAGCGAUGCGUUGUGAGAACGCUUGACAGGUUGGUGCAAACUGAGACUAUGCUGCACUGGAUAUAAUGAGAUAAAGACGGAGUGGUGAGGAGAAGAGUAAAGGGAACAGCAGUAAUCGUAAAAGCUCCCGGUGACUGAAACUGUUGGCUGAGUCAUGUCGAACGAGAAACUGUCGGCAAUUUGUAGGUGAGAGGUAAUCGAGCAAAUUGACUUGACUGGAUGAAGUGGGAAGAGGUUAGCAGUUGACUUGGGAAGAGGAGAAACAUUGUGCAAUGAUGAGCAAUGUGAAAAUGCUUCAUGCAAUAUGCAAAGAUCAACAGUCGUGCCUGAAAAGGCUUUAGUGUUUAGACAAGGAUGGAGUGUUUUUCUUCUUUUUGGUUGAUUGAUGCACGUAAACAUACGACAGAAGGUUGCGAAAGGUGUCAAACAAUCGUCCAGGCCUAAUGGUGAUCUGAGUGUGAAUCAUUGUGUAAUCAGUGGAAGUUUUCAAAUUGUGAAGGAAAAAAAAAAAGUGAAAAUAUGUGUUUUAUAUUUAUUUUGUCUGCAUUUGUGCCACUGAAGGACGGUUUGAAAAGAUGUAGCCUAAAAUCACAGCUUUAAGCUUCAACACCAGGCACAACCCAAACGGUGUGCAGAUUUACAAGUCAAAGUAUCGAACAAUGACGGACUUUUCUGGCUCUCUUACUUGCAACAAUCAUGGUACCCCUGGUGAAAAAGAAGGGAGGGUAAAUUACCUUGAUAAGAGUUGGGAUUCAAAGCCUGAAAAGGUGCAGCGAAUCCCUCAAGGUGCAGGCAAAAACAGUCACAACUGCUCCAAGUCCUUCUGGUCUGAAGAUGUCAUGUAUGAGUCCCUGACAUUGUGAAACUGGAGCCAAAGCAGGCUUGAAAAAGACCGUUUCAGGCAGUGGGUAUUGGGAAAACAAAGAAGUGUCAUAAUAUCUCACCUCAGUGUUCCUUUUUGUUUGACCAUCAUAUUACCAGUCACUGUAGGGGUGUAUAGGUGAUGCUCUCCAGCUCAAUUCCCCCCCCCCCCCCCCUUUCCCCCAUUCACAUAAGCCCCGCCCCCUCCCUUGCCCCAUUCUUCAGGUGUACUUCUGUGCUGUCAGAUCACCAAGUGGCUGUUUGCAUGUUAUAAGCAAAGGAAACAGAUACUAUAUAGAUACUAUAUAUACAUAGAUAUGUUUUUUCCACUGGGAAAUGCGUAUUGGAAUAGAUAUACCUCUGAUACACAUUUUCAAACAAACACACAAACAAAAAGACCCACAGUCGUCAACACACCGACACAUGCACACACAGUACAUACAGAUACACUGUUGCGAACAGUAAUUUGUGGAAAAACAUAAAAGAAUCACAUUUUUUAUCCUGUUGAAAAUAAAUUUAAUCUUCUAGAUAUACAUAAUGCUAUUGUGUUAUGCGAUGAAAUGCCUUUUUUUUUUCCUCCUGUUUUUACCCGUAUAAUUUUCAUAGGUGAGAAAAAAAAUCAACCCUAAAACUUGUGUUAAGCUCUGAAACAACGAUCCAACACUGUUUGUGUAAAUGAAUCAUUUAUUCACCUUCCAUAUCUAUUUCUUCGCCCAGUAGAGGAAAAAAAAAAAAAAAAAGCAAGAAAAAUGAGAAAAAAAAGUACAAAAACAAAGCAUAAAAAUAAUAUUAAAAAAAAAAAUCGUUGAUGUAUUCUCUGCUUGUGUAUAGUGAAUGUUCCUCAGUCGCUGGGUGUGGCAGUCAGUGGCGCAUUACCAGUCGACUGUGACAGUGCAGAUCUGUUAAUAACUUUUUUGUACACCUGCUCAUCAUUGUAAAAGGUGAUAAUAGUGAUUCUCAUGAUUUACUCAAUCUGGUAAUGUGUUUUGUUAAUAAGUCACAAAUAAAGUUCUUUUCUUAAAUAUCU